AUGGCACUGUACACAUUGCUUGCAAAAGGAACUUUGUCAGAAAGGGAUCAGCCCGAGGAUGAAAGUUUUGCUUCUGAGAUGGGAAUGAGCAUUCAUUCUGAUUCUUCUAAAUCAAAGGAGAAAACUAUGCUUUGUGACUCCUCUAAUAAGAGUGUGGAAACUGACGUAGAUCGUUUAAGUUUAAAAGGCAACCUUGAGAGUUGUAGUCUUGUCCAAAAUCAAAUGGUUGGGCUAGCAAACUGUAUAGUUGACUUCCAAACGGGGGUUUCUGGUUCUGUCCAACAAGGGCAACUGCCUGCAUAUGCUCAAUCAAAUCAAGAGCCAAUUUAUUUGGGCACAAUGGAGCAGUCUUUGUCAUUAACCAAUCCAUUUCCAGAUACUGAUGGAAUUAGAACCUCUCAUUCUUUUGUUCAGAUGCCAGUUAGUGUUGAAGCUAGUGAACUAGAAGCAAGUGGAGUGGCUACAGAGGGCCCAUCUGAAGAAGGCUCGUCUUACCAUUUGAAUAACCAUAGUUGGAUUUCAAGUGACAAAUCAAGACAUUGUCCUUCAAUGGACUCCUUCUGUAACAGCUUCAUGCUGAAUGACUGCCUGAGAUGUGGCAUGGCUCCUCUUUCAUGGGGUGGCAGGAUUGUGGGCAAAAGGCAGGUUACUGGUUAUGCUAAACGACACUGUGAGGUCAGUGGUGAAGAAUACGAGUCCUUUGUCAAUAUUUUUGACGGUGGUUCCCUUUUAUAUAGCAAUAUGUCAUUUGAAGCACUCUUGAACUCGAGAAAACUGCUUGAAGAAUUCGGAUUCCCGUGUAAAGCUGUGAAUGAUGGUCUUUGGCUGCAGAUGCUAUUAAGCCAAAGGGUACAAGAAAUUGGUGCUGACACAUGCAAAAACUGUUGCCUUGUGAGUAUGGCAUGUGCUUGUAGGCAGCCAUUUGGACUUUCACCUGGAGUGAAUCCAUCUGGUUAUUACAUGCAUGAGGAUGGUCAGAAUAACCAACCUGGCAGCAUGGGUAAUGUGUAUGUUGUUGAUUCAUCUCAGGGAGAAAGAAAUGGCCUAUUUAGGCAUGUAAGAGUGCAUGUUAGGGGGCCUGUUGAUGGGCUUGCUGGUAUUGGACGUGGAAAUGCAUUUGUGCCAACAGCUUCUUGCCCUCCUACUCGUUUUGUAUAUUCACGUGUACCCGUUGGCAUGGGCAAUAGAAGUUGCCAGCAGUCUCUUGCUAAUGAUGAUUCAGAGGUUAGAAUUGACCACAAUGGAGACCUUUCUGGAGAUGGAUUGACAGCUCUAGUUGGGCUAAGCCACAGAGGGAAUAAUGCUGCUAAUGCUAAUGGAGCAGAAAUAGAGAGAGAUUAUGAGACUGAUCUGUCAUCUAGAUUGUCUGCAACCCAUAUUGAUGGGCCAAAUUCUAAUGGCAUUUCCAUGCAGAUGUUAGAAUCUCUUGAGCAUUCCAUUGGUCUUCAGGGGGAGAAUGCAGGUAGUUCUCCUAUAUCACUGGAUUUGAAGACACCUCUGAGUCACUUCCCUCCUUUUCGUUUUGGGUACGUUUUCCUUACUAUUGAUUCGUGA